AUGACACUCUCUGCUAGCAUAUCCAUCGCGCUUCUUGCAAGUAUUGGGGGGCUUGCGACUUCUUCAGAUCUGCUCGGGAAUGUACUUCGUGACACUACUGCUUGCGCGGAGAUUGCAGCCUGCAUAUCUUCGAAAUCCGCAGUUUCUUACAGUGGAUCGUCGGCCUAUAUGAAGGAUAAUUAUCAUUGGGCAUCUUCGAGUAGUCAAGUCUCUGCUUGCUCCUUCGAACCUGGCACCACUGAGGACCUCGCGAAAGCGGUCCAAAUAUUGGGAGACACCAGAACGCCGUUUGCAAUUAAAAGCGGUGGUCACGCGACCAACCCAGGCUUUUCGUCGACCCAAGGCGUUCAGAUUGCAAUGUCUUUAUUCUCAGACAUCACGUUUGACUCGGAUUCCCAGACAGCAACCGUUGGUACUGGUGCGAUAUGGGAUGACGUAUACUCAACGCUGGGAGAAUACGGCGUGAAUGCUAUAGGGGGGAAAGAGUCUGGCAUCGGAGUUGGCGGCUUCGUACUUGGUGGAGGAUAUUCGUAUCUGACAAACCAGUAUGGGCUGGCAAUUGACAACGUAUUAGCGUACGAACUCGUUUUGCCUAAUGGCACGGUAACUACAGUCACCGGCUCCAGCUACCCGGAUCUAUUCUUCGGCUUGCGGAUUGUCAAUGUCUCAAAUUCUCAUGCCACUACGAAGGGAGGUUUCAAUAACUUUGGAAUUGUCACCUAUGUCACUCUCAAAACGUAUUCUCAAUCCCUAGUUUGGGGUGGAAAUAUCGCGUACAAUCAAGAUCAACUCAAGGCAGUAAACGCUGCCAUCGCUAAAUUCGCUGCAGACGUUACAGAUCCCAUGGCGUCGCUAUAUUCCACAUAUAACUAUGUCUCUGGAAUGCCCGUCAUAACGUGCACGUUGUUCUAUGAUGCACCCACUUGCCCAAAUGGUAUCUUCGAUGACUUCUUGGCGAUUCCGCACGAGGAGCAAGACGUUUCUACCCGAUCCUUCACAACCAUGGUCAAAGAUUUGCCGUCAAGUACACCUGGCCUUAGAGCUGUGUUCAAUGUCAUAGCGAUCGAGGAGUGGACGGUGUCUUUGUUGAACCACAUUGCCAAUGAGACCCUCUUCUACGGCGACAAGCUGGGAAAUAGCGUAACUGAGAUAACUUACAACGUGAGGCCCUACCUGCCUUCGAUCUACGACCACACCGAUACACCAUCUGCGUAUCCGGAUUCACGUGAACAAGGCUACUCAUUCCUGGAGCUAUUCUAUGCAUGGACGGAUUCAAGUAACGACGACCUCAUAUAUGACGCCGUUACUGUCAGUUCCAAUUACAUAGAGCAGCUAGCGAUCGCUGCAGGGCAGGACGUCGGAAAUGUGGUUGUGUAUCCCAACGAUGCAUCUCCUUCCACAACCGUAGAGGAUAUCUACGGAAAUAAUCUGGCGCGUCUGCGGGAUAUAAAGAAGGCUGUUGAUCCAGACAAUGUGAUGGGGCUUGCUGGAGGGUGGAAAUUUUAG